GCAUGAGCCGCGCGCGGGGCGCGCUGUGCCGGGCCUGCCUCGCGCUGGCCGCGGCCCUGGCCGCGCUGCUGCUGCUGCCGCUGCCGCUGCCGCUGCCACACGCGCCCGCCCCGGCCCCGGGCCCCGGCCCGACCCGCGCCGCUCCCCGCCUGCGGCCCGACGACGUCUUCAUCGCCGUCAAGACCACCCGGAAGAACCACGGGCCGCGCCUGCGGCUGCUGCUGCGCACCUGGAUCUCGCGGGCCCGCCGGCAGACGUUCAUCUUCACCGACGGAGACGACCCCGAGCUCCAGCUGCUGGGAGGCGGCCGCGUCGUCAACACCAACUGCUCGGCCCUGCGAACCCGCCAGGCGCUCUGCUGCAAGAUGUCCGUGGAGUACGACAAGUUCAUCGAGUCAGGUCGCAAGUGGUUCUGCCACGUGGAUGAUGACAACUACGUGAACCCCGAGGGCUUGCUGCAUUUGCUGUCCGCCUUCUCUCCCAGCCAGGACGUCUACCUGGGGAGGCCCAGCCUGGACCACCCCAUCGAGGCCACCGAGAGGGUUCCUGGAGGCGGCACUGUGACCACAGGCAAGUUCUGGUUUGCCACUGGUGGGGCCGGGUUUUGCCUGAGCAGGGGCCUUGCUCUCAAGAUGAGCCCGUGGGCCAGCUUGGGCAGCUUCAUGAGCACUGCUGAGCGGGUGCGGCUGCCGGAUGACUGCACAGUGGGCUAUAUCGUGGAGGGGCUGCUGGGUGCUCGCCUGCUGCACAGCCCCCUCUUCCACUCCCACCUGGAGAACCUUCAGAGGCUGCCUCCCGAGGCCGUGCUCCAGCAGGUCACCCUAAGCUACGGGGGUCCCGAGAACCCACACAACGUGGUGAACGUGGCUGGAGGCUUCAGUCUGCAGCAGGACCCCACACGGUUUAAGUCUGUGCACUGUCUGCUGUACCCAGACACAGACUGGUGUCCCACGCAGAGGAGGGGUGACCUCAGCUCUCGGUGACUGAGGACUCCUGGUGGCCACCCCCAGUUGUCCCCAGGCAAAGCCAGUCCUGCAACUCACAAUUUGGGAGAAGACUGCCCACCCCAGACUCGGGCCCUUCCGUGUGGAUCGCUCAGACUGCAGAGCAACCACUGCUGGGAGGAGUGGAAGAGCCCAGAGGUGACCCACAGCUCAGGAGCAGGAGGGACCUAGAGAUGGCAGCUGGGGCCCCAGGAGCCGCACAGCAUGAGAGGCCAGGGCCCAGACCUGGUGACACCCUAGGCAGCCACCACACGAGUCACACAGGCUGGGGUGUCUGGCAGGUUACAGGAAGUGGCCAUGCCUUGUCAGUGCCUGUCCAGCCUGGAGUGGUAAGCCCCGAGACCCUGCGGCCCCUCGCACCUUGCCAGCUCUUGCCAGGGGGGCCCAGGAGAGGAGCGGCCAGGCCUGACCUCCCUCUCCAGAGCAGCCCACAGCCCAGAAGCCCCUGCGCGGCCCCAGCAGAGCAGUCGGCAGCUCCCGUGCCCUCCAAAGGGAGCUGUGUCCCCCCGGGUAGCUGCUGCACCUGCCUUCCAGAGAGAAGGAGACCACCAGGUGUGCAGCUUCGUCCACCUCUGAAAGAGGAAGUGGGUGAAACACUGGCUCUCUUUGGUGUCUUGUAUUUCACAAGCUGCCUACAGUGGACAUGUAGUAGACAUAUAGAAAAAGUAGGAAAAAAGUGGAACGUUAUUGACAUUAAAAAUUGUUGGGCUGGGGACGUAGCUCAGUAGCAGCUGGUGCAUGAGUCCCUGGGCUCCAGCACCUGUGUACUUGGUCAUUCUCUGGACAAGCCUCUACUAAGCUUCAGUACCCCCCAUGUGACUGCCUACCAGGCACCUGAGGACCAGUGCCCAUAGGUUGGACCUGGCCAGCAAGCUGGGGAGGGCUCCAGGGCCGGAUGGGAAGAACUGAUGCAAACAGUUGGCGCCCACUACUUGCAGAUUCACCCCUCGCUAAAUUUUAUGUGUAACCCUGAACCAAUAUUUGCUUAGAAGAGGAGAUUAUUCACAGAUGCACAGGGUGGGGGCAGUUUGAGUGGCCGCCUUGGCAAUUUAGGGAGCUCUGUCUGAAGAUGAGAAAAGGGCUGGGUUCAGUCCCAGCACUGCAAAAGUAAAACUCAGUGGCUGAUGGACCACUUCCCGGCUAAGGCCAGGCUCAGGGACCUGCCCUCUGGCUCUGCUCUGAGGCGGGGACACGGGUGCUCUAGUGCAGUCCUGCUCAGGCCGCUGGACCUGCUGGAGCCCCAACUCUGGCACCCAGAGGUGGCCAGCCUCAGACAAGUCACUUAAAACAUUUUACUUUCUCUCAAAAAAUAGACUCUGCAGAAGGCGUUGCCCCUAAGCUGCAGGAGAGAGAGGUCUGUUUCCUGGCAGCCACGGCUGAGCAUGAGUUGAUUCCGUGGUUGCACAACUCUGAGUGUGAUGAAAACCAUCGAAUUAUACAUAGGGACUGCCCAAAGCCUCCCGAGAUGGGCUGGUUGAGAGGCCCAAGCAGCACUGGGCACCGGGGAUCUGUCCAAAGCACGCCUGGGGGCGACCUGGUGCUGCAGCUCAUCCUGGGGGCAGCAGCAGAGGGGUCCUCUGCCUGUGUCUGCAGCCAGGGGCCAGGGGUGGAGUUCAGAGCCCGACGUCAGACACCUGGUUUAUCCGGUCUGGGAAGGUCCAAGCCUGGCUGGUCACACAAGAUCAAGGUGCAGUGUGAUUCCCAGCCAAGAUACAGAAAGGAAGGUGGUGGUGGGGAGACGCCUGUAUUCCCAGCGCCUCCAGAGGGGGGCAGGAGGACCACACGGUGUAGGCCAGCCCCGGGAACUUGGGGAAGCCUUCUCACAAUGUCAAAAGGGCUGGGAGGUAGAGCACUCUGGGCUCAACCCCAGGAAGGGGCCGGGGGAGUGAGUCAAGAUAUCAAGAGUAAGAUUGGAAGAGCACAGUAUGGAGCCCCUAGUUUUAUUAUUUAUUUUUGGUGCUAUGGAUUGAACCCAGGACCUUGCACAUACUAGACAAGUUCUCUACCGCUGAACAACAUCCCCAGCCUUUAUAAUUCGAUUUUAUUAACAAACAUUUCCACAAAGAGAUCUCCAGGACGAGAUGGUCCGAUUGACUAGACAUUCAACUCGGCAAAUAGAGGACCUUUCCCAACUCCUACCCCAGGGCCAGCAGGACCUGCUUCCAGCUCCGACAAAUACAUUGUGAAAACACUGACGCUUA